GUGUCGCGAGUUUUGCCAGGGGAAGCCGACCUGGGUGGAGAGACCAAGAAGGGGAGGCCGGGUGGGAAGGUCUUGCGCUUAAGGGGCCGUGGCUGGUUUAGCUGGUGCUGUGGUUGGUACUUCGCUGUUGGGGAGGCUCUGAGGUCGCCCGAAUCAAUCUUCCCAAUGGGUUAUUGGGAAAAUUAGCGGGUUGAAAGUCUUGAGGGUCGGAGGCAUUUUUUUCUUGGCUCCGCCCUCUUCCUGUUCUGCGAGCUGGGCGUCUGGCCCACCGAGGGGGAAGGGCAGCUUGGCGGGGCUGAGGAAGAGGGCUUUGCGCACGCGCGAGUCCAAGUGUGUGAGUGUUUGUGUUCACGCGCACGCGCGCGCGCUCCUGCAUUUAGGAAGCCUGGGAAGGACCGGUGUGCUAGGAGAUGAGCGGGGAAAGCAUAGUUCCCUGUCUUUGGUACCAGACACUCCUGACUGUGCGCUGACCCUCCCCACCCAGCCAGCAGCCUUUUCCAGAGAGGCUGUGGUCCAUAGCCUCUGUUCGUUUUCACUGCAGGACCAGGCACGAAAGUUAAAAAAAAAUGAAGAUUUUUUCUGAAUCUCAUAAAACAGUAUUUGUUGUAGAUCACUGCCCUUACAUGGCAGAAUCAUGCAGACAGCAUGUCGAAUUUGAUAUGCUGGUGAAGAAUAGGACCCAAGGAAUCAUCCCUUUGGCCCCUAUAUCUAAAUCAUUGUGGACUUGCUCGGUAGAAUCUUCCAUGGAAUAUUGUAGAAUAAUGUAUGAUAUAUUUCCUUUCAAAAAGCUGGUGAAUUUCAUUGUGAGUGACUCUGGAGCACAUGUUUUAAAUUCUUGGACUCAAGAAGACCAAAAUUUGCAGGAGCUAAUGGCAGCAUUAGCUGCCGUUGGGCCUCCUAAUCCACGAGCAGAUCCAGAAUGCUGCAGCAUUUUGCAUGGUCUCGUUGCAGCAGUGGAAACCCUGUGUAAAAUUACAGAAUACCAACAUGAGGCUCGAACUCUACUAAUGGAAAAUGCAGAACGUGUUGGUAAUAGAGGCCGAAUAAUUUGCAUUACUAAUGCAAAAAGUGAUAGCCAUGUGCGAAUGCUUGAGGACUGUGUCCAGGAAACAAUUCAUGAGCAUAACAAGCUUGCUGCAAAUUCAGAUCAUCUCAUGCAGAUUCAGAAGUGUGAGCUGGUCUUGAUCCAUACUUAUGCAGUUGGUGAAGACAGCCUUGUAUCUGAUCGUCCUAAAAAGGAGUUAUCUCCUGUUUUAACCAGUGAAGUUCAUAGUGUUCGUGCAGGACGGCAUCUUGCUACCAAAUUAAAUAUUUUAGUGCAGCAACAUUUUGACUUGGCUUCAACUACUAUUACAAAUAUUCCAAUGAAGGAAGAACAACAUGCUAACACGUCUGCCAAUUACGAUGUGGAGCUGCUUCAUCACAAAGAUGCACAUGUGGAUUUCCUGAAAAGUGGUGAUACCCACAUAGGUGGCAGCAGUAGAGAAGGCUCAUUUAAAGAAACGAUAACAUUAAAGUGGUGCACACCCAGGACAAAUAACAUUGAAUUACACUAUUGCACUGGCGCUUACCGAAUUUCACCUGUAGACGUAAAUAGUAGACCUUCCUCCUGCCUUACUAAUUUUCUUCUAAAUGGUCGUUCUGUUUUAUUGGAACAACCACGAAAGUCAGGUUCCAAAGUCAUUAGUCAUAUGCUUAGUAGCCAUGGAGGAGAGAUUUUUUUGCAUGUCCUUAGCAGUUCUCGAUCCAUUCUAGAAGAUCCGCCUUCAAUUAGUGAAGGAUGUGGAGGCAGAGUUACAGACUACCGGAUCACAGAUUUUGGUGAAUUUAUGAGGGAAAACAGAUUAACUCCUUUUCUAGACCCCAGAUAUAAAAUCGAUGGAAGUCUUGAGAUCCCUUUGGAGCGAGCAAAAGAUCAGUUAGAAAAACACACCCGUUACUGGCCUAUGAUUAUUUCACAAACCACCAUUUUUAACAUGCAAGCGGUAGUUCCAUUAGCCAGUGUUAUUGUGAAAGAAUCUUUGACAGAAGAAGAUGUGUUAAACUGUCAAAAAACAAUAUACAACUUAGUUGAUAUGGAAAGGAAGAAUGAUCCUCUGCCUAUUUCCACAGUUGGUACAAGAGGAAAAGGCCCUAAGAGAGAUGAACAAUACCGUAUCAUGUGGAAUGAAUUAGAAACCCUUGUCAGAGCUCAUAUCAACAACUCGGAGAAACAUCAGAGAGUCUUGGAAUGUCUGAUGGCAUGUAGGAGCAAACCCCCAGAAGAAGAAGAACGAAAGAAACGAGGAAGAAAGAGAGAGGACAAAGAGGACAAAUCAGAGAAAGCAGUGAAAGAUUAUGAACAGGAGAAAUCUUGGCAAGAUUCAGAGAGAUUAAAAGGAAUCUUAGAACGUGGAAAAGAGGAGUUGGCUGAAGCUGAGAUUAUAAAAGAUUCGCCUGAUUCCCCAGAACCUCCAAACAAAAAGCCCCUUGUUGAGAUGGAUGAAACUCCACCAGUAGAAAAAUCAAAAGGGCCAGUGUCCUUAUUAUCCCUGUGGAGUAAUAGAAUCAAUACCGCCAAUUCCAGAAAACAUCAGGAGUUUGCUGGACGUUUGAACUCUGUUAAUAACAGAGCUGAAUUAUAUCAACAUCUUAAAGAGGAAAAUGGAAUGGAGACAACAGAAAAUGGCAAAGCCAGCCGGCAGUGAGGAAUGACUUGAGGAACUAAAAUUUACUAUAUUGCAUAUGUAUUUUGGGCAGAAUUUGAUAUAAGUACUUUUACAGCAAGAAUGUAUAGUUAUGUUGCCUGGACUGGUUUUUACAUUUUUAAAAUAUUUCAACUAACUUUAUCUUUUUUGUAUUAAUUGUAAAAUUGGCACAUAUAUCAAAAAAUAUACAUUUGAAAUUUGUCCUCCCAAAUCACACAAAUUUAUUUUAUGGUAAAAGGAUGUUCCCUCUGGAAAUGUUUUUUAAAAAAUUCUUAGGCUUCUCUUUGCCAAAUAAAACUAUUAAAAUUUCUGAAUGCAAAAUAUUGGAGUAUUCUUUUAGAAGAAAGAGAAUCAUUUGUUGACAAUUUUUAAACAUUAAAAAAAACUAUCAGGAUUUAGGUGAGAUUUGUAAUAUUUAAUAUGAAAUCUUUUCUAUUAGUCUGCAUCAUAUACAGUGCUUUUCCAAGAAGAAUGUUGUUUUGUUUAUUUUAUAUCUUACUUUAAAUUAUUUUGUGUACAUGUUGGCCA